CGGCUCAUCUUCGCUCUUUUUGACGAAACACUCCCAAUUCCCAAACUCAAAAUGAGCUUGGUUAUAAAUUACUGCGGCAGUUAUGGUAUUAGUUCUUGCAGAAUUUCAAGCUGCAAGCAAGCCCGGAAAAGCAACACUCAUGGUAGAUAUAUAGUGCCCAUAAAGAUGCUUAAUAGACCUCCUAGAGCUGAGGAUGAUCACGAAGAUAGUUUAGUUUUGUCAAAGAAUGUUGGAAACAGUAGCUUUCAAGUUGCGACACUUGUAAAUGCUGUUGCAGCAGUGAAUUUGGUUGCAACCGAGUCAGCAAGGGCUGUAAGUACAGAGAAUCUAUUGGAAGGAGCUGCUUCUGUUUAUAAUUUGGCUGAUGGAGGUCUGGGAGAUUGGUUUGGAGGCUUUCUCUUUUCAGCUGGACAACAGGCUAAUGAGGCUGUCCAAGACCAGUUAUCAGCUCUCAGUUUCACUAGUUUGGCAGUUAUCUUUGGGGCAGGGCUUGUAACCAGCCUCUCUCCUUGUACACUAAGUGUCUUGCCACUGACCCUUGGUUACAUUGGAGCAUUUGGUUCUGGAAAAAGUAGAGCAGAGAUCGUUGGGGAUUCCAUUGCAUUUGCAUUGGGAUUAGCAACCACUCUAGCAGUCCUAGGCAUAGCAGCCUCAUUUGCUGGAAAGGCAUAUGGACAGAUAGGGCAGGGAUUACCUUUGGGAGCCUCUGGUUUAGCUGUUCUUAUGGGUCUAAAUCUCCUUGAGAUAAUUGAAUUACAGCUCCCCUCGCUUUUUAACAAUUUUGAUCCCCGUGCUGCAGCUGCCAACUUCCCAACAAGUGUGCAAGCAUAUCUAGCUGGGCUUACGUUUGCUUUAGCUGCCUCCCCUUGCAGUACACCAGUGUUGGCCACUCUGCUAGGAUAUGUGGCUACAUCCAAGGAUCCAGUUGUAGGAGGCAGCCUACUUUUGACAUACACAACUGGCUAUGUUGCUCCUCUGCUUCUUGCUGCUUCUUUCGCUGGAGCAUUGCAGAGCCUGCUUUCAUUCCGCAAGUUCUCAGCAUGGAUCAACCCAAUCAGUGGUGCACUUCUGUUAGGAGGGGGUGUUUAUACUUUUUUGGAUAGGCUAUUCCCAGUCACGAUGGCAAUGUAGAGUACUGGUUGAUGUACAGGAAAGAAACAGAAAUAUAUAAAUAAAGUAGAAACUGUCGAGCAUAGGCAAUA